ACACUUGCUGCGUCAACGACACCUACACUGACAACUGCAGCAACAACUACAUCUGCUGUAACAACUGAAUCAAAUACAGCAACUGCUCCGACAACAACAUCUGCUGCAACAGCAGCAACAACCAGUGCCUUAACAACAGCUUCUUUGACAACAACUGCAUCACCAACACCUGCUCAGACCACAACUGCAAGUACAGCAACUGCUUCGACAACAACAUCUGCUGCAACAACUAUAUCAAGUACAACACCUGCUUUGACAACAUCUGCAGCAACAAAUCAAAUACAGCAACUGCUCCGACAACAACAUCUGCUGCAACAGCAGCAACAACCAGUGCCUUAA